UAGCGCGGCCCAGUAAGAUGACAUUCGUGAUAGUGUGAUGGUGAAUGUAAUAGUUUGAUAAUAAAUUGUGAUAGAUAAAGUUAGGUUACAAAAUGGGGGUUAAGAAAUUCGAAAACGUUCCAUAUGAAGAUGCUCUUGAUAUGACUGGCUUCGGUAAGUUUAACUACCUGAUGCUGGCACUUGUGGGUAGCAUCAUCAUGGGUAUGGCGUAUGAGAUCUUCUCCGUGUCGUUCCUGGUGACAGCGAGUGCUUGUGAGCUGGACACCGUGAGUUCGCAGCAGGCCCUCAUAGCCGGAACACCAUUAGUAGGUAUCAUAGCAUCGUCACAUUUCUGGGGCUACCUCGCAGACACCAAGGGUAGGCGGAAGAUACUAUGUUUUUCCCUGACACUGGGCUUCUGUGCUGGUUUCAUCGCCACUUUCUCACCGAACUGGAUCGUUUAUAUGCUUCUGAAGUUCGCUUCGUCUUGUGGGGUGGCGGGUACGUAUGCGCUUGCGCUCACCCUGCUCGGAGAAUGCACGCCGCACAGUCACCGGCCCAAGAUGAUCGCCUACACCACCAGCAUCUUCCUCGUCUGCACCGGCUCUAUGGCCAUUUUAACAAUACCAGUUCUACCUCUCAAGUUCUCGUAUUACAUCCCGGUUCUGAACAUCCACUUUAACUCCUGGCGGCUGCUGAACAUCAUCUACUGCAUCCCAUGUGCUUUGGGUGCACUUGGUAUGCUCAGGUCAUACGAGAGUCCUAAGUAUCUGCUCAGUGUGGGAGAAGAGGAAAAGGCCCUGGAAAUUCUGAGAGGAAUACACACUAUUAAUAACGGGAAAGACGCUGAAUUCAAGGUGAUGUCAGUAUCCUUAGACGAGGAGAGUACGAGGGAGAUCGUGGUAGGUCUUUGGGCGUCUCUCAAAUCGCAAACUACUCCGCUUCUCAAACCUCCGCUCUUGAAGAAAACUAUAUUACUGUCUUUAUUGUUCGUUAUUGUUUACUUUUGUUUAAACCCGUACAUGGUAUGGUUACCGUUCAUAUCUGAUGGCAUCAUGCGUGCUAUGGAGCGUGGAGACGAAAAUAUCACCUUCUGUCAGAUGCUGCAGACCUCACUCGAUGUUACUAAGACCAAUGUAAGUAUCAGUAUCGCCUUGUCUGGGAAUAAAAGCACAGGAAGAAAAACACUUCUUAUAUCAAUACAGUUGCUGUCAGGAGUAGCAGGUCUGCUGGUGAACUUAAGUAGUAGUUGGAUAGUGAGCAACAUUCUAUUCAUAAUCUACGUAUCAGGGGUUCUCAACUUUGGGUACCUCGCGACUUUCGUUGUGGAUGUUUUCCCUACAUAUGUCAAAGCUAUGGCGGUUUGUCUGUGCUUGAUGGUGGGCCGAGGUAGCUCAGUGUUGGGAAUCAACAUCCUCAAGGCAUUACUGAUGGACCACUGUCAGCUUUCCUUCUAUUUCUUCGCCGGACUUACCAUAGUUGGAGGUCUGCUAAGUUUCCUGCUGCCUUCAGAUUUAGAGAAAAAGAAGAAAGCAGAGCCUUGAGCUAUUUUAAGAAUUUUAUGAAAAUUAUACACUGGCUGUGAUAUUGUCAAUUAUUAUAUUUAAAAUGACGGGAAUCCAGAGGCUAUUUUUUUGAUGGAGAUAAAGAAAAAAUGUAUUUAUGUUCUAAUUUUUGUAUUUGAUAUGCGUAUUUCAAUCUCAAUAAUUUAUG